GCUCGGCGGGGGCGGGUGGCUCCCGGCGCGGGGGACCCGAGCAGAGCGGGCCGCGGGCGGGGCGCGGCCAUGGCGGGGAUGGCGGCGGCGCUGGCGAAGGAGCGGGCGGCGGCGGCGGGUGCGGGGCGGCACGGCCAGGCCGUGCCCUACCUGGGCCAGGACUUCGGGGCGCUGCGGCAGGAGUGCCUGCGGGCGGGGCGGCUCUUCCAGGACCCCUCCUUCCCCGCCGGCCCCACCGCCCUCGGCUACCGGGAGCUGGGGCCCAGCUCCUACAAGACGCAGGGUGUCGUCUGGCGCAGACCCACGGAGCUGUGUUCCAGCCCCCAGUUCAUAGCUGGUGGAGCCACUCGCACGGACAUCUGCCAAGGGGCAUUAGGAGACUGUUGGCUCUUGGCUGCUAUUGCCUCUCUUACCCUGAAUGAAGAAAUUCUGGCCCGUGUUGUUCCUAAAGACCAGAGCUUCCAGAAUAAAUAUGCAGGAAUUUUCCACUUCCAGUUCUGGCAGUACGGGGAGUGGGUGGAUGUUGUAGUGGACGACAGGCUGCCCACCAAGAACGGGGAGCUGCUCUUCGUGCACUCGGCGGAGGGCAGUGAGUUCUGGAGCGCGCUGCUGGAGAAGGCCUACGCCAAGCUGAAUGGAUCAUACGAGUCUCUUUCUGGUGGCACCACCACUGAAGGCUUUGAGGACUUCACCGGUGGAAUUGCAGAAUGGUAUGAGCUGCAGAAGGCACCACCCAACCUCUUCAGAAUCAUUCAGAAGGCACUUCAGAAGGGCUCUCUCCUUGGCUGCUCCAUUGACAUCACCAGUGCGGCGGAGACGGAGGCAGUCACUUCCCAGAAGCUGGUGAAGGGACACGCAUACUCAGUCACCGGGGCAGAGGAGGUCAACUUCCGAGGAACAGUGCAAAAGCUGAUCAGAAUCCGAAAUCCCUGGGGGGAAGUGGAGUGGACUGGGAAAUGGAAUGACAACUGCCCAAACUGGAGUGGUGUUGACCCUGAGGUGCGGGAGCAGCUGACCAGGAGGCAUGAAGAUGGGGAAUUUUGGAUGGCCUUCAACGACUUCUUGAGGCAUUACUCCCGUCUGGAGAUCUGCAAUCUGACUCCAGACACCCUGGCAAGCGACAGGUAUAAGAAGUGGAGGCUGCUGAAGCUGGAUGGGAACUGGAGGCGAGGAGCCACUGCAGGGGGCUGCAGGAAUUACCCAAACACUUUCUGGACAAAUCCACAAUAUUUAAUCAAGCUGGAGGAAGAAGAUGAGGAUCCUGAUGAUCCUGAGGGGGGCUGCACUUUCCUCGUUGGCCUGAUUCAGAAGCACCGGCGGAGGCAGAGGAAGAUGGGAGAGGACAUGCACACCAUCGGCUUUGCGAUUUAUGAGGCAAGUACCCCUUUUUCUGGACAGACAAAUAUUCAUCUCAGCAAAAACUUUUUCCUGACCAACAAAGCAAGAGAAAAAUCAAACACCUUUAUCAACCUCCGAGAAGUGCUGAACCGGUUCAAGCUCCCUGCAGGAGAAUAUAUCAUCGUGCCCUCCACCUUUGAACCCAACAAGAAUGGGGAUUUCUGUCUGAGAGUCUUCUCGGAAAAAAAUGCAAACUCCACGGUUAUAGAUGAUGAAAUCGAGGCCAAUUUUGAAGAGACCGAGAUCAGUGAAGAUGACAUCGAACCCAACUUUAAAAAGCUUUUUGGACAGCUAGCAGGAAGUGAUGCAGAGAUCUCCGCCUUCGAACUGCGCAACAUCCUGAACAAAAUCAUGGCUAAACGCCAAGAUAUUAAAUCUGAUGGCUUUAGUAUUGAGACAUGCAAAGUAAUGGUUGACCUGUUAGAUAAUGAUGGGAGCGGUAAACUGGGGCUGAAGGAGUUCCACACCCUGUGGACAAAGAUUCAGAAAUACCAGAAAAUUUACAGGGAAAUUGAUGUGGAUCGAUCUGGUACCAUGAAUUCGUAUGAGAUGAGGAGAGCACUGGAAACAGCAGGUUUCAAACUGAACUGCCAGUUACAUCAAAUCAUUGUGGCUCGUUUUGCUGAUGAAGACCUCAUCAUUGACUUUGAUAACUUUAUCCGGUGUUUGAUUCGGCUGGAAACCUUGUUCAAAAUGUUUAGAAAACUGGAUACUGAGAAAACUGGAACAAUAGAAUUGAACCUUGUUAAUUGGCUGUGCUUUACGGUCAUUUGAGCCACUGACAUCAGCUCAAGAGACCACAAAAAGAGCAAGAGGAGGUGAAGAUAAUCAAGCCAACAUACAAGUAACAUCCUAACGUGAAUGUGCCUUAACUUACACAUGGCAAAAUUUGCACACAGUUAUAAGAAGGAAAGCGUUCUAUUUCAACAACAGAAAAAGCUGCAGCCUCAUUUUUAUGGGUCUGACUGUCUUUAUCUACUACUAUAUAUCCACUGUACAAAAGCUUUAAUUUAGUAUAAACCCUCGUUGCAACUUUUGAAAAUACUGCUUUGCUAAUAUCUUUGUGUUUAAGGUGUUUUACCUGACUUCUGGAAGAAAGCUCAUUAAAGCUUCAGCUAUUCA